UGCUUGCUGGCCCACCCCACCGUAGCAGGCUGAGUUGUAGUUUGGCCGCGGGCGAGUUCGUGUGUCCGCGCCGUCGAGUGUGUGUACGUCCGUCGUUGAUUCUUGUUUUGUGAGGAGGCUGCUGGAAAACGAAGAAGAAUCUCAGCCCGUUGAUCAAUAAUAUCGGAAUUUCGUGACUCAAUCCGGCUGCCCAUGAGUGGCCUCGGUUGGUGAAAAUGAUCAGCGCCAUCGUUUCGCGUAUUGUGAUACUGCUGUUCGGCACGCUCUACCCGGCGUACGCGUCCUACAAGGCGGUCCGGACCAAAAAUGUCAAAGAAUACGUCAAAUGGAUGAUGUACUGGAUCGUGUUUGCGUUCUUCACCUGCAUCGAAACGUUCACCGACAUCCUGCUGUCGUGGUUCCCGUUCUACUACGAGAUCAAGGUGAUUCUGGUGCUGUGGCUGCUGUCACCGGCCACGCGGGGCAGUUCGACGCUGUACCGAAAGUUCGUCCACCCGAUGCUGACGCGCCGGGAACAGGAAAUCGAUGACUACAUCAACCAAGCCAAAGAGAAGGGCUACACGGCUGUGCUGCAGCUUGGCUCGAAGGGAGUGAAUUAUGCCACCAACGUCAUCAUGCAGACUGCAAUUAAGGCUUUUAACGCACCGGUGCUACCUGGCAGCAUGAUCCGCCACAGCCAAUCGGACGACGCACUCGCUUCCGCUAUUCAUGCAAAGCGCACGCACUCCCUUGGGGACGAAACCGACGGGAACGACAACUCGUUGGGAGGUAGACUAGCGACGACGACGACGACGUCUCAGGUUGACGCUUCGUCGUCGCGUAAUUCUCGCGUGACGCGAUCCCAGUCGGUUGAUUCGGCGCUGAGUAAGGUCGGUCGCUCCCAGCAGCAGCCGCUCAACCAAAGCAUCAUCUACGAGAUGGACUCCGAGGAGGAGGACCAUCUGCUAAUGGCGGCCCAGAACACAACGGCCGGGGAUCACCUUAUUAUCCCGGAAGCGAUGGACUUUGAGAAGGAGAGUUCGGCGGAGCUCGAGGAAGGAUCGGCUCGGGCUAGGGCGGCCACGCAGAAGCGGAAAACUGCGGCAACGACCACGACUGGGGUGACUCGCGGAAGGAAGGCUAGUUCGACGAGUACUGGAUCGACUGCGGCGGCGGCCAAAACGACAGCCGCGCGUGGACGCAAGAAACUCCGAAAGGACUCGGAAUCGAUGGAAGUGGAAAUCGACUAGGACACUUGCUUUCAUUUUAAGUUUUUAUUUUAUUAUAAUUUUUAGCUCGUAUUUUACAACUCAAGUGCUCAAAUUCGUGUUUAUUUCUAAGACAUCUUUUCAAACGGAACUGAUUAGAUAUUUGUUACUUACCCUGCGACUGCGUUUACUAACGACAAAUGGUUAGGUUAAUUUUACACACAAGUCAACCUUGCUACUCUCCCUCAAAAACCGUUUACGGGACCUCUCUCUAGGAGUAGUAGUUGCUUUAACCACGAUUGUUCAAAUUAGCACAAUCAGUUAGAGCAGUGAUCCGUCGUUCCCAUUCUUCCGGCAUGAUUGAAGGAGGGACAGAGAACCAGAGAACACAAAGAUCUCGGGGCCAAGACCAAACUUGUAGACAUUUACGAAGCAUUUGAUUUUUAUUUUGGAAAUACACAAACCUAUGGAAGCUCAAAUCGUUAAAUAUUAUAACACUAGAAAUACCUCCCCACAGCAAUGUGCGUUAGAAUAAAAGUAACAGCAGCCUAAAAUUGUAACCUCUUGUUCAAAAUUUUAGCAUGUAAGGGUGAUUGCUUGAUGAAUCUCAGAAUGUUAUUCCUUCGAAAGGUGACUUUAAUGUUUUCUUCUGAAUUCCUUGAAUUCAAUUAUACAUUAUUCCAAGUUGAAAGUUACACGGCGAGGGGAACGCUCUUUUCUGGAAAAUGAUGCAAUUAUUUUGCAGUUUCAACCGUUAACAUUCUGCUGGAUUAUAUAAAAUUACAGAUUGAUUUUUUUCACAUUUUCAGCUAGAUUUACCAAUAAUACAUUGUUAGCAAAACUAUCAAAAACUCGGCGGCAUUAAUUCUUUGGCUUUUUAAAAAAAUAUAAUUACUGGUUGACGAAAUGCAGACAACCAACGACGACAACUAAAGAACAAAUAACUGAAACUACCAGCAGAUCAUCAAAAUAAGCACCAGGUUCGUUUUCCAAAACAUUUUUUAAUUUUAGAUAAUCGAAUAAUGUGCAACCCCAUAAAAGUCAAAUUUAAGUAGUUGAUUGUUUGUUAUCCAUGUCAAAUACAGUUAAACCUUGCAUAGUGCGCAGGCGUUACGCUUUGUUUUUCUUCGAUUACUUUGAAACGACAUUAUAUUUUUGCAAUCUUUUGAAGGUAAUUGCAGAUUGGACGAGACGAACAAAUUGCUUCAAAAAGAUCGCAAAAAUAUUAUGCCGCGUUUGAGAAAUUGACGAGAUACAAAGCAUAACGCCUGUGCACUAUGCGAGGUUUGACUGUACACACAAAAAAAUAUUUCCGAAUGUUACAUCAUUUAUGAUGUAACACUUUUGCACGUCAUUAAACAUUUAAAUUUAAAUGCAAUUUGAUGUAAAUUUGCAGCAAAUUAUACGUAAAAACAUGAUUUUACGUGUGAUUCAACCGUUUACGUCGAAUCUCAAGUUUACAUGAACUGAGUUCACAUGUGAUUCAUUUUUUCCGUGUCGAGUAAAUUCACACAUAUUUUUUUCUGUGUACAUUAUGGUGAUAAUAAACAAAAUCGACCUCAGGGAUACCCCUUUGGAUUUUUAGGAAUCUUGCAUGAAAAAACAAUCAAAAGGAAUUUUAUUUUUAUUUUUUUUGUUCUUUUAUACACAGUAAAAAAUUGUGUAAAUUUCGAAACAUUAAUAUCUGAAGGUUGAAUUUUACAUCUUUUAUGAUGUAAUUUUACUUCAAUUUAGACUGAAAAAGUGUCAUUACACCAGAAAAGUGGUAAAAUAACCUAUUUUCAGAGGUAAAAUUAUACAUUUUUUGUGACAUAAAUGACCUUCCCAGAUAACUCUAUCUUACUCUGUGGUAAUAUUACCAUGUUUUUUUUACUGUGUAUGUUGGUGUCUUUGGGCAUUGAAAAACUCGUCUUUUGAAACGUGUCGCUUGCUUAUUUUUAUUCAAAAGUUACAAAAUUUUUUACAUGUAUUAUAAGCUUAUUUCAAAUGUUUAUAUCUUAUUGAGGGAUAAUCCGCGGUGCAGUCAAGACUCGAUUAUAAAAAGUUUUGAUUAUCCGAAGGUUUGUAUGGGAAUUCGGAAAAUGGAAUCACGAACAAAAAAAUCGCAAAUUUUCUAUUUUCGUACUUUUAACUUCAAGUUCGAGUUCUGAGACCCCAUUUUAGUUAAAUUUUAAUGGUUGAUUGCCUAUUAAGUUUAAACCGCCAGUUUGGCUUCCAUUUUGCACAGCAAAAAAAUGUGUAAAUUUGGAAGGUUUAAUUUUAGAAGGUUUAAUAUUACCUCUUUUAUGAUGUAAUUUUACCUCAAUUUAGACUGAAAAAGCGACAUUACACCAGAAUAGUUGUAAAAUUACACAUUUUCAGAGGUAAAAUUAUCAUAAAAAAAUUACAGUGAAAAAUACAUUUUUUUGUGGUUCGAUUAUUCGAAGUUUUGAUUAUCUGAAGUGAAAUUUUGCCAAGGCCUUCGGAUAAUUGAGUCUGGACUGUAUUCGUAGUGUACACAGCAAAAAAGGUAGUAAAAUGCCUGCAUGUAAUGAAGGGGCAUGUAAAAAAAUAUAUGUGAUAUUACACGGUUUUUGCAGUACUCCCCUUCGCUAUUUUUCCUAACACCAUUUACACCCAAUUUGUGUAAUAAUCACUGCAUAAUCCUUUAGAGUGUUGUUGAUGGCGAAAUGUCAUAACAGUCAGUUUCGUCUUCGCAAGUUCGCGCACACCCGACAAUUUUUUCGUUUUCAAACAGAAUCGGUUCCAAAAACACCUCUGUUUGUGAUUAACUUGUCGCAGCAACUGGACAUUGUCCCGGGCGGGCGUCCAACUCCUGCUCAAGUGGAACCGUAGUCAUUCCGAUGUUGGCGGAAGUAAACAAAAAAGUGAGGAGAUUUCCAGCUCCAGUUCUGGCAGAGGAAGCGGCUGCACUAAGCUAAACUCCGGCGCAAAAAAAGCGGUCUCGAUCGGCCUCCGCCUCUUUCGACCUCGAGCACCUGCAGCGUCACCGGAAAUUGCAGAAACUCGCACAAACAGCAAACACGGAUGACGUCCAAGGACGAGGAGUAAGUUUGAUUGAGAAAUGAUUUCGUGUGAUAAUAUGAAAACUAAUAUUUUAUUUUUUGCAUGAACGUCAUCUACGUAGAGAACGCGACCAGUUGGUGCAGAUCGGAAGUGUGCCGAAGGUGAUUACGCGGCAGUCAAGUCCCCGCCGCAGAUCACCACCCGAAGGUAACACAGACGGCAUCGGCAUUGGCGGUGGAGGUGGAAGUAUGAGCACGGACACGAUCCUCGAUCUGUUCAUAACUCGAUAAUCUUCCUGGCCGGGUGCUCCUGAUCAGUUACGACUCGGAACUAUUUGCUGCAACGUCACCUGUUCAUUCACUUGGGCCGUGUGGCCUGACCUGCUCCCUGUGUUUCUGUACCGACUGCGGCAAGGUUCACGUUUGCAAGCUGGAGCGAACCUAUCCAACAGCUGAGAAAAUCACAUUGCGAGGCGUUGAUCACUGGCAACCAGACCCAGCCAAGUUCGAGCUGCUGUACAAGAUGGCCAUCGACAUUGUUCCCUUGACCAAGUUCAUUUCGCGCAAACAUCAAAUUGAGGAGCAUCACAAACAAAACAAUAACUGACAGUCUUUUACCAGGUAUCAACAUAUUGUAUUUGUAAUUUUUCUGGUUGAAUGAUGAAAUAUAACAUUUUUCGGAAAAACUUGGUGUUUAUUAUUUGACAUUUAACUUCUGAAGUAACCAAUUCGAUAUCUAUCCAGGAGGGAAAAUAAUAAUCUGUGUAAUAUUACACGUUUAAAGGGGUACACGCAGGAAUGUAAUUUUAAGUGUUUAUUUUGACCAAGGUGAUGUGCAUGCUUUUGCAUGCGAUUUUACCAUCGGAUUUUUUGCUGUGUAGGUCAUAAGAUCCGGACUUUUCAGGAAGAAUAGGUUCACGGAAAAAAUCCUGAUUGUUUUAUUUGAUGAAAACUUUAAUUCCGCCAAUUCGUAUAAUUAAAUUUCGUUUUUUUAUUAUGUAGAGUUUAGGAUGGUGCAAAUUUGAUACCAGACAUAUGAAAUUUUGGAAAAUAUUGACUGUUAAAAAAACAAAAAUCGGAAACUAUUUUUUUUGAUAAACUUCACUGUUUUUAAUUAUCGGCAAAUUUUUCUCCCAAUUUGGAAGAAUAGUCAAUGAUAUGUUUUAAUGAAUGCAGCGAUGGAAUAAUCAUCAUCAAAAGAAAAUCUCUGAACGUUCAACAAGAGAAAAAAAUCCAAAGGGAGCAUGGCUCUCCUCUCUCGCACAAGAAAGAUCGGUAAAAAGAAUAAAAAAAACCUCAUCUUGAUUAUUCGGCGGAACAUCUUUUUCACUUCUACACUUGCAAGUGUAACGUCAUACGUCGAAAAAUGACUUGUCACAUUUUGUAGAUGGGCAAUGUGUGUAAACAAAGUGAAAUAAUUAUUAUUAAGUGGUGCUGACAAGGAAAUUCACAAAAAAUAAUCAGCAGAUUGAUUUUCUUGGAGAAUUUCGGGAGCGAUUUUCUUUUGCGUGAUUUGCCUACUCAGAGACAUCGAUUUCUUGAAAAGACUAACGAAAAGAAAAGGAUUCUGGGAUUUGUCGAGCAACCAUAAACAACAAAAACACUUAGUAAUAAUUAGUGAAGAAAAGGCGAAGAAAAUCACAACGGUGUUAAUUAUGAACGAGAUUUUUAAAUGAAGAUUCUAGCUGUUCUUAAUUGACAAAAUCAUAGAAGAAAACUAGUGAAUCACGAGAUUUAAGUUUACUAAGAACCUUUCCAAUAGAAUACUACAUAAACAUCUCCUACGCGGCUGUUCGUUCACCUAUAAAAAAACCCUUCCCCUCAAUUGGACGACCAAUAUGAUAAGAAAGCAAAUAAAUUGUUUAAAACGUGA